AUGCACUUCGUGCGAGUGUUUGUAUGGAUGGUCGUAGGCUUCACCACGGCCGUGCCUGUUCGUGGCUUCGCCGAUGGUCUCGCCGACCAGAAAGCCGUCUCGCAUGAUGAUCAAUCCCUCCGCGUUUCCAAACCCGACUCAUCCGAAACACAUCAUGACACAAAAUUCGCGUACGACUCACGAUACAUGAAGCAGUUGCUCAACAAAACCGCCCAUCGCGACGCGGCUCGCACCCUCAUCCAGUCAUACCUCAUCACAUGUCGCGAACUCCAGGUGCAAACUUGGCUCAUGAACGGGAGUCUCUUGGGAUGGUGGUGGGGAAAGAAGGUAAUCAAGAAAAAAUUCGGGAAUUCUCUAUUUGAUCCCGCUGACAUAUUUCAGAUGUUGCCAUGGGACUACCCCAGCAAUGUUCAAAUUACCGAGGCUGAUCUCCAUUUCUUGGCGGCCUACCACAACGCAUCCGUUCACUUCCACAGACGGAAAGGCAUGCCGAAAGGAAAGAGAUUUCUGCUCGAAAUAAGCCCAGAUUUCACGAACAGGGCGCAAACAGGCGCUACGGAUGUGAUUGAUGCUCGCUGGACUGAUCUCGGCAGUGGGCUAUAUCUGAACAUCACGGCCGUGCGAUAUAGCCCUGACCAUCCGAGCGGCGAAGGGGUGCUUUACACAAAGGACGGUCAACAAUUCCAUGACACCUUGUUGCACCCGUUAAGAGACACAACGUUCGAAGGAGAGCCGGUCAAAAUCCCGUAUCGGUAUAAGACGAUGCUAGCGGAGAGGUAUGGCGAGGAGGCCUUGAAAAAAACGCACUAUAAUGGACACAAGUUCGAUACGCCUGAGAUGCAAUGGGUAAUGCAAGGAUGA